CCGACGAGCACGACAGAUAGUUCAACAUGGGUCGCGUUAGGACAAAGACUAGCAAGCGUGCUUCGCGAGUGCUCAUCGAGCGCUACUACCCUAGGCUCUCGCCCACGGACUUCCACACCAACAAGAAGACGAUCGACGAGGUGGCCAUCAUCCCCUCGAAGCGUCUCCGGAACAAGAUCGCGGGCUACACGACGUACCUGAUGAAGCGUAUCCAGAAGGGCCCCGUCCGCGGCAUCAGCUUCAAGCUGCAGGAAGAGGAGCGCGAGCGCAAGGACCAGUACGUCCCCGAGGUCUCGGCCCUCGACGUUGCGGCCAACGGCGGCCUCGAAGUCGACGCCGACACCAAGGAGAUGCUCAACAGCGUUGGCUUCGACAAGCUCCCCGUCAGCGUCACUGGCCCCGUCUCGGCCUUCCAGCAGCCCGAGAGGCGCGGCCGGAACGUCCCCGGUGCUGGCCGUCGUUAGAUUGUCUCUUCUUUCACGACAAAAGGAUCGACCAGCUCCGGACUCGGACCAGCCCUGC